AUGGGUCAGGAUCAAUCUCGCCAAGAAAAGUUCUUCGAUGCUUGCAGUUAUGGAAGGGAGUGGCUAGUUAAGGAAAUGAUCGCCGAAGGCAUCGAUGUUAAUUGGAAAUCUAGUAUCCAUGACUGUUGUCCAAUUCAUGCAGCUUCUCAGGGAAAACCAGGCAUAGUCCGCUUACUAAUACAGGCACAAUGCGUUGUGGAUGCCAGAGAUAUAGUGUGCACUUUGAACGGCAACACUCCUCUUCACCACGCAGCUAUGUCCGGGCAUGUUGAAUGUGUCAAGGUACUUCUGGAAGCCGGUGCGUCUGUUAAUGUGUCUAACAAUCAGUUUUGGACACCGCUUACAAAUGCAGCCUACUGGAAUCAACCCGAAGUAAUAAAACUUCUUCUUGAAAGGGGAGCUGACCCCUUUUGGAAGAAUAAAGUAUGUCCCUACGAUUCAGAUGGCUUGCAUCUCAAUUUGUUUGAUUUUUUAAGGAUGCAUAUAGGAGCUGGUCGCAAUACGUUGCACGAGUUGUGCCGUAGCAAGUCGGAGAAAAAGGACGAUCUCGUUAUCUGUCUGCGCCUCUUAGUGGCUCGUAUGAGGGAGCUAGAGAUGGUCUCCGAUUCUGAGAAAACGAAGGCGGUUACGCAGAAUGGUCACCCAGGCUCCGUAACCCCAGGUGAAGCGGGAAAGAUGCAGCACAGACAGGUGAUUAUGCUGACUGACUGGAUCCCCCUUAAGCCUGGUGACUCUUCCCUCGAGCUCCGUUCCUCACCCACCAACGCUUGGGACUCCGAGGCUGACUUCACUCCGCUCAUCUUCGCUUCUUACCAUGGCAACUGUUCACUUGUUCGCACCCUCCUCGAAAUGGGCGCUGACAUAAACGCUGUGGAUAAGAACGGCUGGACGUCACUGCACUGGGCAGCGCAGCAGAAUCGGGUUGACGUGACCUGCAUCCUCCUCCGCAACGGCGCCAAUCGAAGGGCUAAGGACUGCCACGGUCAUAUGCCAUACGAGGUGACAACACAUCCGGAGAUGUCAGAGGCUCUCCGACCCGACGCCUUCUAUCCACAGAUCGAGACCAACGGCCCAGUCUCGACGGAUGAAGAAGACGCCUCUGCUUCCGAGUCCUCUUCAGACGAAGUUGACGGCGGUGGUCGAAAGACGGGCGCAAUUCCGAGCUACCACUACCUUCGUCGUCUCAACUAUAACAAUCACCGACACCGUCACCCAAAUCAUCUCCGAAACCCUCUUCCACCUUCGGUCGAGACACCAGCCAGGGCUAGAUUGGCUCGAGACGACGAGGAUGGCUGUCUAGGUGCGGCAAAGGCUUAG